AUGUGGAUGUAUAUUCUCAUGAGGAAGCCUUUCUUAGAUGUUAAUAUCCACCUGUUUCCAAGACUAGCAAGAGCUCACAUGUGUAGCCUGAUGGCUCAGAGACAAAACAAGACUUCAGUCAUGAAGAAUUCCCACAUUCUGUAUAUCACACAGUUUAGGGGAAUGCCUCACCUCAUACACGACAUUUCUAUUCCUUCUGGCUCUAAAAGUAGAAAAUCCAAGAACAGCUGGUCCUUUCCUGUAUUAGAUGGAAGUAUUCAUCUGGAACAGACUGAGACAAUUGAAGCAAACUUGAGAAACAGCGAAGCUUGUAUUAAGAGAUAUUUAGAGUUGCUUGGAAAGGUCUCUGAAAGAGAAGAAAGAGACACCCUAAGACACACCCAAAACAACCACAAGCUACUGGUCCGUGACCAUCUCAAGCUGGUUCUGGAUGAUGUCUUUGAGCUCUCCCCACUGGCUGGCUAUGAUUUACCCUAUGGCACAAUUUCAAAUGCUGGAUGUCUUACUGGAAUUGGGAAAAUAUGUGGCGUUUGGUGCAUGUUAAUUGCCAAUGAUGCAACAGUGAAGGGUGGAACACUAUACCCUAUCACAGUGAAGAAAGAACUCCGUGCUCAAAAUAUUGCAAUUAUGAACCGUUUGCCAACAGUGUAUUUGGUGGACAGUGGAGGAGCAUUUCUGCCCCUACAGGCAGAGAUUUUCCCUGAUCAUUGCCAUGGUGGAAGAAUUUUCUACAAUAUAGUGCUCAUGUCUUCUAUGAAGAUUCCUCAGGUGGCAGUGGUGUGUGGCUCUUGCAUUGCAGGAGGUGCCUACUUUCCUAGUAUAGCAGAUGAAUCUAUAAUUGUAGACCACAUUGGCUCCAUGUUUCUUGCUGGACCUUCUCUGGUCAAGGCUUCUACAGGAGAAGACAUUUCCAUUGAAGAACUUGGAGGAGCCACUCUGCAUUCACGAGUCAGCGGUGGUAUUGAUUAUAUUACGUCUACUGAGGAAGAAGCCUAUGAGCGGGUUCGGAAUGUUGUGAUGACCUUCAAUUAUAGACAAUGCCCUGAAGAGGCCGUCGAGUAUGAUGACCCCUUAUACAGUGCCGAAGAACUGACAUCACUGGCACCACAGAAUUAUGAAUGUAGCCUAGAUGUCAAACUGAUUCUGAGUCGUUUGAUUGAUGGGAGUCGAUUCCAGGAAUUCAAAGCUGAAUAUGGAACAACUCUGGUAACAGGCUUUGCUCAUAUAAAAGGGCAUCUAAUUGGCGUGGUGGCGAACAAUGGGGAGCUAACCCAUCAGGCCUCCCUCAAGGGCAGCCACUUUGUAAAUCUGUGCAGUUGUCGAAACAUCCCCAUCCUGUUUCUCCCGAACACUGCCCCACAAACAUCUCCGUGCACGAGCCUUGCACAGGCAGAGGAUCUUGGCAGAAGACUCAAAGCCCAGGCCUGUAUGAUGACCACCAUUGCUUGUGCAGAAGUUCCCAAGAUAACUCUGGUCGUUGGUGGCUAUUUUGGAAAUGACGGCUAUGCCAUGUGUGGAAGAUCAUUUGACCCUAAUUUCUUGUUCCUGUGACCCAAUGCAAGAAUUUCCCUCGUUGAUAGCAGAUCACUAUUUGCUGACUUUAUGGAAGGAGAUGAAUACUUCUCUAUGAAUCUGGAGAAAAAACUGGAGAGUGAAAGCACAGCGUUUUAUUCCUCAGCCAGACUAUGGGAUGACGGAGUGAUAUUGCCCCAGAGUUCCAGAGAGGUCAUUGCAAAGUGCUUAGAGAUCAUCAAACAGAAGGACCGCCCGACUCUCAGCCAUCAGCAGCAGCCCAUUCUCCGAAUGUAA